AUGGACCACUCCCUCUACCACCCCACCCCGCACUUCCUCCCCUUCCGCCGCAAACGCCCCAGCAACACCACCACCAGUAACCCUACUCACUCCUCACACCACUCCAGCUCCGGCGCCUCGGGCCCACCAACCUCUCCAUCCGCUCCAACAAACCCCUCACGUCCCCCGCUCCUCUACAACGAGGAAUACUACUCCUACCUCGACAAAGCCGUCAAGAACCUGCAGGAGGACUACGCCUCUGGAGCCCGCGAGAUGGCGAACCAAGCGCUCCGGUAUCUGGCUACGGUGAUCGAAAUUGCGGCUAUUACGGCCAGGGAUGGAAGAGAGACGUGGGAGAUGGCGGUUAUGGGGGGGAGGGCGUUGAGUGAGGCCAGGCCUGCGAUGAGAUUCGUUGGCCUGGGUAUGGGGAGUGUGGUUGCCACCUACAUCUCCCCUAUCUCACUCUUAUAUCCUUUCUUCUUCGUCGGAAAACUGUAUAACCCCAUCGUUUCUCCUUCUAGGAACCCUUUUCUCUCUCCUCAGGAACUUCUUCUUCAGCAGCAGCAGCAACAGCAGCAGCGCCAGCAGCGAAAUGUCCGGAACACUGACGAUGCCUCCAUGAUCAGUGCGGCGAUCACGGCGUGCCUCCUGCGCGCGCUGGCGGCCAUCCAGGAGCUAUGGGAGGCUCCGGCCCAGAAGGAAAUGGAUCCCUCGGGACUGGCGCGACUGGCGAGCCAGCGCAUUGAGAAGAUUGUCAGGGAGAGGAGGGACGCGGAGGGUGCGCUGGGGAGGGGGUUUGCGUUUUGGGUUAAGCGGUUGGUGGGUGAGCUCAACCCUCCCACCCUUAACACCCAGCCAGGGACCACACCAGGACCAGCACCAGCACCACCGCCAAUAACAAUCCACAUCCUCACCCUCUCCAACUCGUCCACCAUCCGCACCGCCAUCCAGGCGCUCCUGACCCACGCUCCCGACAUCCACCUCGACCUCACGAUCCUGGAAUCGCGACCGAGGUUCGAAGGCGCAGACAUGGCUGCUCGUAUCCUCGACGAAGUCGCCAAAUGCAAAUCCCAAGCCAAGAAUCCGCAGUCGCUGGAGAGAUUGAGAGUGAGGCUCGUACCCGAUUGCGCCGUCGGCAGCGUUUUUGCCCAGAGGAAGGUGGACGUCGUGCUGCUGGGCGCGGAUCGCGUGACGAAGGAGGGGGAUGUGAGUAAUAAGGUGGGGAGUUUGGGGGCUGUGGUGGGGGGGAAGGUGCUUGGGGGGGGUCGGGGUGGGGGGGGGGGACCUGGGGGUGGGGAUGGAGGGGUGAAGGUUGUGGUUGUUAGUGAUGCGGAUAAGAUUGUUGGGGAUGGUGAGGGUGGUUUUGGCGACGGGGGACAUGGCGAGGUGCAUCCUGCGGGGGAGGUCAUGGGGGCUUGGACCCAGGGGGCGAGGGAGGUUUUAGGGGGGAUGCUUGAGGGGGGGAUGGGAGGGGGAGGGGAGGGGGUGGUGGGUGGGAAGAAGAGGAGGGAGGAGGGUGGGAAUAGGGAGGAAGGGGAGACGGGGAGGACGAGGGGCGUCGUCGAGGUUUGGGGUGAGUGGUUCGAGGUCGUGCCUGCGAGGUACGUGGAUGCGUAUGUGACGGAGUUGGGCAUUUGGGGGCGGGAGGAGGUGAGGAGGGCCGGGGAGGAAGUCAGGGUGUUGGAGGAGAGGGUUUUUGGGAGGAGGGGGUAG